AAAAGGCUGACAUGACAUUUGACAUAGUAUUUAAAUGAUAUGUACGUACACAUCAUCGACACGUCAUCGACUGUACCGAUACCCCUCAUUUAUCAGGGGUACAGAAGCAACCCCCAAAUUUGAAUUCAAGAUGGGUACUAGUGUCUUCAGUUUUGCACAGCUCACAAUCACACAUUCUCUCUCUAUAUAUACCCCCAAUGCGGUCCCUCUUGGUUUCAUUCACUCUUCACUCUUCCGUUCCCUUUGCCUGCAAUUCCAAUUCUCUCUCCCUCUCUUUCGCUUUUCACGCAACCGUUUCCCCUUUUUUCGUCUCCCUUCUUCUCUCGCUAGGGUUAGGUUUUCGUGUGUGACUAUGAGGUUGAGGGAGGACGUGCCUUGUAAAAACGAUGACGUUAGUGCCGAGAAAGAGGAACUCAUAGAGAAGGAUUUAACCUUGCCACAAAAUCAAUGGUGUCCCGUGCUGAAUGCGGGCUUUUCUUCCCCUAAGAGACUCGUUGUCGUUGGCUAUGCUCUCACUACUAAAAAGAUUAAGAGCUUUUUGCAGCCUAAGCUCGAAGGUUUAGCUAGGAACAAGGGAAUUCUAUUCGUGGCUGUUGAUCAUAAUAGGCCUCUUUCAGAUCAAGGUCCUUUUGAUAUUGUGUUGCAUAAGGUAUCGGGGAAAGGGUGCGGCCGGGUUCUUUGGGAUUAUAGGCAGUCACAUCCAGAAGUUACUGUUCUAGAUCCUCCAGAUGCCAUACAACAUUUGCGCAAUCGUCAGUACAUGCUUCAGGCUGUUGCAGAUAUGAACCUUUCUGAUUCCUAUGGCAUAGUCGGUGUUCCUCGUCAAUUAGUUAUCAAGAGAGAUGCAUUAGCCAUCCCAGAGUUGGUCAACAAAGCUGGCUUGACUUUACCCCUUGUUGCAAAGCCACUAGUUGCUGAUGGAAGUGCAAAAUCCCAUGAGUUAUCCCUUGCUUAUGAGAAAUACUCCCUUCAAAACCUUGAACCUCCACUUGUUCUUCAGGAGUUUGUUAACCAUGGAGGUGUUCUCUUCAAGGUUUAUAUAGUUGGUGAUGCUAUAAAGGUUGUUAGACGGUUUUCAUUACCUGAUGUUGGCAAGUGGGAACUUUCUAAAGAUGCUGGAAUAUAUCGUUUUCCAAGGGUUUCUUGUGCUGCAGCUUCAGCAGAUGAUGCAGAUCUUGACCCUACUGUUGCUGAGCUUCCUCCAAAACCUUUACUGGAGAAACUGGCCAAGGAACUUCGAUGGCGUUUGGGUCUUCGUCUAUUCAACCUGGAUAUUAUUCGCGAGUAUGGAACAAGAAAUCACUUUUACGUCAUUGACAUAAACUACUUCCCUGGAUAUGGCAAAAUGCCAGAAUACGAACACAUAUUUACAGACUUCCUGUUGAGCCUGGGGCAGGGGAAGUACAAGAAAAAAUCGGGCUAAAGUAACUCUUUCCAGCCCUUUGAUUUGUGUCCUCUCAUAACGUAAGCACGCUCAAAAUUAUGAAGCUCAAAAUUAUGGCUGUAUUCAAGUACUUAGAAACCAUUAGUGCCAGGGAAAAUUAUGAAGACGUGUGUUUGGGGAACUUGGACCUGUACAUAACAACUGGUAGUCUUAUGUUGUGCGGAAACAUUCUGUUGCCCUUCCAAAGUAACGAAUGUUGUUGCAAAUCCUGAAGUUCUAGCUGGUAGCUUGAUGACCGAAAGGGGUCAAAUACAUGCAAGGCUGCAAUUUGAAGGAUUUGUGUUCGCACUGCAGUGGAGUUGUUGACCCUGGAUGUUGAUAUGAUCAACCACAACCACCAUGUUUGAUAAGUUGACGGAUUUCAAAUGUACUGACCGUUCUUUGCUGUAUAUAGGUAUAAAUCCUAGACAGUAGAAAUCUAAUGCAAAUUCUCAUCAAACUACAUCUUUUUGCUCUUCAAAUUUAAUUUGUCUUCUAUAUUUUGGUUACAAUGAUCUCAGCUGAGAAUAUGUCGAACAAGUCCAUAACUCUCCUUGCUCUUGCUUCUAAACUAUAAUGAUCUCUAACCACCAGAUUAACUGUUCCCUGUGCACAAUUUCCCCCUCUCCGCUACUUAUGUGGUGUAAUGUAUAAAUUACUAUGCUCAAGAUAAGGGUAUGUAAGGUAAAAAGGGCAAUGUUCAGAAUGAGAUAUUGUUUCCUUUAAAAGAAAAUAGAUUAAGCAAAUUGUAAUUCGUUGACAUACUAUCAUGUAUGGUAAUUUUUAAUUGAUUGACAUUGAAAGAAA